CCGGAAACCCACGCAGAGGGCCGCGCAGCUUCACCAGCUGGUGAGUUGUCAGUGUGACCGUUACUGAGUGCAGCACACCGGCCGCUGCAGGCGGACAGGACUCUUUCGGAACCGGUCACUCUGCCCCUUUUCCCUUAUGUUUAGAAACGGGGAUUUAAUUUCGCUUGUCUGAGGGGUUUUUAGCCGGAAGAUGCUGGCAGACAUGAUUGCAGAAGAGGAAUUUGAGAUCAAGGAGGAGGAACCGUGGUACGACAAGCAGGACCUUGAACAUGACCUGCAGCUGGCCGCUGAGCUAGGGAAGUCCCUCCUGGAGAGGAACCGGGACCUGGAGCAGGGGCUGCAGCAGAUGUACACCACCAACCAGGAGCAAUUGCAGGAGAUUGAGUACCUUACGAAACAGGUGGACGUCCUCCGGCAGGUCAACGACCAGCAUGCUAAGGUAUAUGAGCAGCUUGACAUUUCCACCCGAGAGCUGGAGCAGAGCAACCAGAAACUGGUUUUGGACAACCGGGCGGCCCAGUUGAAAAUCCAGAGGCUGAUGGAAACGAUGGAUGAGCUGCAGCAUCACGUGGAAGAGCUGAAGCUAGCUUCAUGUCAGACUCAGAGGUCUCCAUGCGGAGAGAAAUGGCCACCUCGUGGUACUCGGAGUGUGUCCUGCCUACAGGAGCUGCAGAACACACACAGGUAUGACCUUGAUCUGGAUCAGCGUUCUGAAGGCUUCGAGGGGUCGGCCGCGUCGUGGCACGAGGAAGAGCAUGUGUCCCUGCAGCAGUCCCUCCGCGCCCUUCAGACUCAAUUUGCCGCUGAGCGCGCUCGGCGUGAGGAAGCGGAGACGGAGGGGGAGCUGCUUGCCAGAGAAAACGCAGCUCUGGAGCAACAGUUAGGAAGGAUGGAGGGAUGUCAGACCAGAAUAUCUGAGCUGGAAAAGGAGGCGGAGGAGCUUCGUCAGCUCUGGAAAUCGCAGUCCUCUUCACGGUCCGCCAGGUCAUACGUCAUCCAUGGGAUGGAGGAGGAGAUCGAAGGAGUGUCAGCUGCGGUUAAAAGUCCGGCGGUCCUGAAGCGCUGGGCUAGCGAGCGCCUGAUGAAGGCCACUCAGGCGCCUGACUCUCCCAACAGGAUCUACGACCACGAGUGCUCCUGCGUACGUCGACCAGAAGUGGUGAAGUAUCGCGGGAUUUCCCUGCUCAACGAGGUCGACGCCCAGUACAGUGCCUUGCAGGUGAAGUACGACGAGCUGCUGCGACGCUGCGGGCAUCAGGAAGAGCUGCAGGAGUUGCUGCCUGGUGAAUCUUCUGCUGCAGUAGACAGCGAGGAUGACUUUCACCAACCAGAGUAUAAGGAACUUUUUAAGGAAAUUUUUUCUCGCAUUCAGAAAACCAAAGAACUGAUUGAAAACAGAGGAGGAGACCCAGUUGCUGAAGCACCACCAUCUUUGGAUUAGUGUCUUCUGCAAUAAAGACCAGCUAAAGGAUUAGAUAGUCUUCCAAGUACAUAAAACGAUCUUUGUAAAGACUUUUAUUUACCCAGAUGGUGAUAGCAACCAAAGCAAGUCUAGAGCUAAAGAGGUGAUUCAGAAAGAAUAGGGCUCAAUAAAACCAGCUCGUGUUAAAAAAGUGGCUCCUUUUGCACAGAAACACCAGUGCCUAAGCCUCCGUCUCCACUCUAUGAUCACGCUACCUCACAACUGCGAUCAGCCAUGUGGGAACCUUUCUGGGAAAUAAUCCGUCCUCUUCCUAAAAACUGGAAACAAGAUGCACCAAUUGUUUAUUAUUGUGGAUUAAACCGAUUUCUGGGUUUCUCGGAUCUGCUGAUUCAGAUUCUCUUAUUUUUCAAGGUGUUUAACACAAAAAAGAAAAAUGUGCUGCAAGUUCCUUCAUAAAUGUAGUAGUUUUUGUAGAAAACGAUGGAAUUACAAGAUUAUCCCAAGUUAUGCAUCAAAGCAUAGGUUUUAAAUCUUUAUCUGACUUUUAUUCAACUCACAAAAUGCAUCAAAAUGCAUGUGGUUGGUUGACAUGUUUAUAGUGGAGUUCUUAGUUGUAUUGCAUUAUAAUUUUUUAACAGAGCUGACCUAAGCAACGAAACAGCCUUUUUAUGACACAUCUGAAUUUUAAGCCAUCUUCAGCAUCGUUUUUAAUGGUUCAUGAAACAGAUAUUUACCAGCUAGGUGGAUUUUUUCAUACUGAAAAUUCUAGAGUAUUAUAAAGUCAGCGAGAAAAAUCCAGAAAUUCUGAAAAAUUUGGGAUUUUUAAAUGGAAAAUGUGGAGAAAUCCUGAAAGAUUCUGCCUAGGUCAUUGAAAAUACCCAAUGAUGUGCAGCAGGUUUACUUUAACACAGCUGUCUCAAAAGUAUUCCUGAAUAUUACUGAGUUUCCCCAGAGACUUUGACAACAUGUAAAGGGAAUCCCAAAAAAAUUGGUUUGUAAAUGUUUGUUUUGCUUAUUUAAUUUAUUUUGCAACUGUAAAAUAGCACAUUGCUUGCUUGUAGUUUGCCUGCUGCCUUUAAGACUUACUAAUGCAAUUCUAGACAGUUUUAGUAUUAGGAACUAGCAAAGAUUUCUGUAAUCAUGGUUUACGAUACUCUGAGAUUAUACUUUAAUUGUAAACUAGCUUGUGAACUGUCUGUGAACGAAUAACAGUAGAACAAAGUCGGCCUCAACAAUGACUGUAUUUGAUUGUGUAACAUGUAGAAGCUUCAUAAAGGAAUGUGUGUGUAGACACGCUUCUUGCAGCAGUAUUUGUUUGUCCUUGUUGAGCUGAAAGACUGUGCAUCAUAAAGCAAAUGGACUUUAGGAAUGUACCGAGCUGCCGCAGCAAUGAUGUUCGGGCGCUCUUUUGUUGUUGGCUGGUUUUUGUAAAAGCAAUGUGCUGUUUUAAGAUGGACCUUACUGAUAUGCACUAUCUAUAAUAUAUUUUCACCUGUGAUGUUGCUCCUAUGAGCCAUAAACUAUAAAGCAAGCAA